AGACGGCAUGUAUAUCCCAAUGAGCAUAAAUAUUGACAUAUUUUUGUUGGUUAUGAGAUUUCAAUACGAAAUACGUGAAAAACAAACACAAAUUUAGUAAAUUUCCAUAUUCGGUUGGUCCAAUCCAUUGCAAUUAACCGGUGAAAUCAUUAAAUCGCUCUACCACACAAUUUCAACGAAGAAUUCAAUUUAAAAAAACAAUUCAUUUAGGUGCAACCAUGUUCGGACGACUGAUUAUUCGUCGCAAAGUAUCUACGCUUCUAUUCAAUCGAACAUUCGUUACAAAUGUUUCUUCGCCGUCAGGCACAACAAACAGCGAAUCAAAUGUGCUGGAAAAUGUUGUUAACGUGCAACCGCACAUACCUGUUAUGGCCAAAGAAGUGAUUAAAGCAUUAAAACCCGAAAGUGAUAAAACAUAUAUAGAUAUGACUUUUGGUGCUGGUGGCCACACAAAAAAGAUCCUAGAAUCUGCUCCAGACAUAAAAGUAAUUGCGCUCGACCGUGAUCCAGAUGCCAGAAAGUAUAUGGAUGCAGUAAGUGGAAUGUAUCCGAAUCAGGUGAUUCCAUUGUGUGGGAGAUUCUCCGAAUUGCCAUCGUUAUUGGAUUCAAUAAAUGUGCAUGCAGACAGUAUCGAUGGUAUUUUAUUCGAUUUUGGUUGUUCAUCGAUGCAAUUUGAUCAGCCAGAGCGAGGUUUUGCUAUUAGCGCUGACGGCCCGUUGGACAUGCGAAUGGAUAAAAAUCGAUAUCCAGAUGAACCAACAGCGGCUGACGUACUAGCCACAAUUGAUGAAAAUGAUUUGGCCAAAAUUAUAAAAGUGUAUGGCGGUGAAAAGAAAGCAAAGAAAAUAGCGCGCACAAUAAUCGAUGUACGGCAUGCAUUGACACCAAUUCGAACGACAUGGGAGCUUGCAAGGAUCGUUGCAUCAUGUUUUGAUGACCAUUUUCACAUGGAUCAAAUGAAUCGGCCAAUGCAUAAUGCAACAAAAACAUUUCAAGCGUUACGAAUUUUUGUCAAUAAUGAAUUAAACGAAAUCAACUACGGUAUUCAGUGUGCCGAAAAAUAUUUGAAAUCAAAUGGUCGACUGGUGACGAUUACAUUUCAUUCGUUAGAAGAUACAAUUGUUAAACGACACAUUCAAGGUCAAGUCAUUCAAGGCCUCGCAAAUUCAAUUGCUUUAAAGUAUGUUAGUCAACUGGCCAUUUGCGAAAAGGAGAGCAUUGAAAAAAUCAUGAAAUCAAACUGGAAACCGCUUUACAAACAUGUAAUUGUACCAUCACUGAAAGAAAUCGAUUUAAAUCCUCGCAGCCGGUCGGCAAAAUUGAGAGCAGCAAUAAAAAUAUGUGACGAAAAUACAUUAUAAUAUCUAAUCAUAAGAAUUGAUUUGAUUAAAACGACAAAAAAAUCGGUUGGAAAUAAGUUAUUUUAUUUGUAAAUAAAAUGGAAAAUAA